CGCGUCGGCAGUAUGCAAUGAUCAAAAUGUUAAAGGUUAUGUAAAUUAUUUUUUGUUUUGAAUUUGGUUAUUGCUGACUGCAUGAUUAAUUGUGAUAUAAACAUUGCAACAUCCCAACAAAUAUAAACAUCGUACAACUUUAUCACGAGGAUGAUGUAGUUUUUGCUAAAAAUUACUGCCACAACUUCACAAUAUGUCCAACACGUCUAAUUCGGUGGUGGAUACUUUGCUGAAAAAAAAUAUAUUGCAAUGCGGUUUGUGCAAGAAGCUACUGUUAUCCACACCAGUCAUGUUGGUAGAAGAGGUCGGUAACACGUGCAUUAGCUGUUUCAGAGAAAACUUCAUAAACAGCAAGUCGCUGCAGAACACGGCCAUUGAAGAACUUGUUUCUUCUUUAAAUUACCCUUGCAGGUAUCGGGAAAACGGGUGUGAGUACUAUUGCUCGUCCUCGGACUUAUUAUAUCAUGAAGACAUUUGCAUAUUUCGUUCUAAAAGAUGUCCUAUGUGGUCUGUAUGCAAUUGCACCUGGGAGGGGUUUCUAACAGAGUUUGUGGGUCAUUUUUUGAAUUACCACGGGGAACACGUUAUUAAAUUUGACUGUAACUUAUUUUACCUGGAUGUAUCAAUGGCUGAAGAAGAAGUGAUUAAAUUGCUUGUAACAAAAAAUAUAAUUUUACUCCUGAAGAUGCAACUAAGCAUAGAGAAGAACAAGCUGUAUUAUGUUGUAUGUCAUGUGAAAGAUGAUGGUACUACUUACGAUUAUUCUGUGAAACAUAAAGGGAACAGUGACAGCUACAUAAAAACUAGAUCCACUGUUGUUGAAUCUAAAUAUAUUUACAGAGAUUUGGAUGAAUCUAUCGCCGUUAGCGUUGAUCUACUGUCCUUGCAACAAACCGUCAAGGUGGCCAAUAGAAUUACCAACAUUUUUAAAAUCAAAACAUUUGAUGCUCCUGCUCACUAUUUAGAAGAGCGGAUGCUGCAGUUCUUUGAGUGUCCUGUAUGCAAGAGCUUCAUGAAACCUCCUAUCUAUCAGUGCCAGUCAGGUCACAGCAUUUGCAAUUCCUGCAAGCCAAGAUUGGAAAAGUGUCCAACUUGCAGAGCACCCUUCGGAAUGACCAGAAAUUAUUCACUGGAAGGUCUAACUGUGGGAGUGUCUUACCCUUGCACCUUCCACGAUUUGGGAUGUAUGAUGUCAUUGUCGCCUGCUGAUAUUGCUAAACAUGAAGCUGUGUGUCCAUACAAGCCCUACAAUUGCCCUGUUCACCUAUGCACCAUGACUGGAAGUCAGGACGUUAUAGUAACCCAUUUGCAAGAAUUCCAUAGCGAGCAUGUCAUUUUUGAAGGGUAUACUGAAACAUUUCGGCUCGAAGCGUACCACCCGCUUAACCAAAUCGUUGAUAGAAAAAUUCUCCUAGCCUAUGACCACAUUUUUAGGUUAACCUGCAGGAGAUGGGGCGACAGCUACAUGUGGGCGUCCGAAAUUAUCGGGGUUCAAAACGAUACCAAAAGUUUUGUGUACGAAGUGAGCAUCAUCGACAUAAAGAAGCCAGAGAAACGGCUAAUCAGGACUGAUUACUGUCUGAAAGAAAUGAUCGAAGAUGAACUGCUGAAGAAAUGCGUCGCUCUUCCAAAUCGCAUUUUGUCUUCUUACUCGAAUAACGGAAUGGUCCAGUUCCACUUUAGGGUUAAAAAGGGGAUGUAGUCGUUCAAGUUAAUUAUCGUCCUUGUUUUUUUUUUUGUUUUUUUGAAAGAUCACGUUGUUACCUGCAGUUUUGUUAAUUUGGUUGGAAGAUAAAUUAAUAUUUAUAAUAAAAGUUUCUGUAUGCUAAAAAAAAUUUUUAGUCGUUUAUUAUUAUUUAUUAUCUAAUAAAUUCAUAAAAACUACUUUAUGCAAGCUAAAUUCGGAGAAAGUCACAGGUUAUAAUUUUUAAAUAAAUACUAAUAUAGCUACACUGUCCAAGAGUUGCGUGCUAGUGCAUUUUUUCUGC